AUGCCCCAAAAGGUCCUGAGGUCUAAUAUAAGUAGAAGAAUGGGAGCAAUAGCAGGAGUGGCAUCGAUUGUAUUGGUAAAGGAAGCAAUAUUGAGUCGAGAUAUUGCAGAUGGACUGGAGUUCAAGUUCGCAACUCCUGAUGAAAGAUCAGUGGAAGAAGCUGAGAGUGGAGUCAGAGACUAUGCACAAUACUUGUUACGACUAAAAGAUUUGUUAGAUUCAGAAUCUUGGAAAGAAGCACAAAAGGUGCUUAGAAGGCGCUCUUCGAACUUGAAGCUGGAUCUUUAUGCUGUAAUUCAAAGCAGACCUGGAAAGGAAAGGCCACAACUGAGGACACUGUAUUCCAAUCUCUUCAACAAUGUAACCAAACUAGACUAUGCAAUAAGGGACAGGGAUGUCUCACUUUUGUGGCAAUGCUACGAAAAUAUUGUUGCAGUUUAUGAUGAUCUUUUGUCGACAAUUUGA